GUCUUCUUACUCACAAAAUGGAUUGACACAAAUUUCUUCGUCGAGCAAGAUUUACUUGUUAGACACUAGAAACUAUACUUGGGUUGAUAAAUUUGAACCUAUGAGUAUAUAUGAGCCUAUACCUUCAAAUACAAGCUUUCCGAAUUCUCCUUCAACAAUAACAACCACAAGUUCUCUAAAAUCUAAUGAUGUUGUAAUUGAUACAUUAUGCGGAAUUUUAGUUACCGCGAUUUUUAUGACAAUUGGAUUUAUCGGAUAUAAAUGGUAUCAAAAGAGAAAACAAAGAGUAAUAUGCGGUGUCAUUAGGGAUUAA